AUGCUACUGUCGUCUGCCGUCGCGCUCGUCGGCGCCACUAUCGUCGCUGCGCAGGGCGUUGCGGACGCCGAUUUGUACGGCACCUGGUCAUCCAAAUCGAACAAAACGCUGACCGGGCCGGGAUUCUACAACCCGACGAACGACUCCAUGAUCGAGCCUGCCUUACCAGGCAUUUCCUACUCCUUCACCUCGGACGGUUUCUGGGAAGAGGCCUUAUAUCGUGCCAUCGCGAACCCCGCGGCACCCAACUGUCCCAAGGGAAUUAUGCAAUGGCAACACGGCACCUUCGAGAAGACUUCUGACGGCAAGCUACACCUAACGCCUUUCGGCGACGGAAGGCAGCUGCUUUCCGACCCUUGCAGAUACGACACAGGCGUGUACACGAAAUACACCCAAAACGAGACAUUCAAGCAAUACAGCAUCGUGACGGACAAAUACCACAAUGUCAAGAAAUUAACCCUCUACGGAUUCGACGGCACACCGGUCAUCCCCCUCUACCUCGCCUACACCCCUGCACAGAUGCUCCCGACGUCGAGCCUCGCCACUGGCGCUAAGGCAACGGCAGCAUCGAAAUCGAGCAAUAAGAUCAAGCGUGCAAACGAAGUCUUCACUCCGCUGAAGCGCAGGAUGUUAGGCCAGAAGCCGGACCACACGGACGCAGAUCGUUGGUGGUGGGUUGGCGUGGGCAUGACGGCGGCCGGAUCGAUUCUCUACUUUUGCUUCUGA